AUGAGGCGUCUAGAAGAGCUGAGGACAGAUGUGGAUCGUCAUAUCCGUAGCAUAAUGGAUUUCCCGAAGAAAGGGAUCAAUUUCAGAGAUAUAAUGCCUCUAUUCGCCAACCCUUCGCUUGUGAAAGAUCUCUGUUGUGCGAUUGCCGAACAUGUUCGUACUGAUGUGGGUGAGAUCAAUGCUAUAGCGGCUCUUGAAGCGCGAGGUUUCCUGUUUGGUCCUAUGAUUGCAGUGUUUUUGGGAGUGCCUUUCAUUCCAAUAAGAAAGAAGGGUAAAUUGCCAGGUGACUGUAUCCAGGCAUCCUAUGAGAAGGAAUAUGGCGAGGACACCGUUGAGGUUCAAAAAGGGGCUAUGUCAGCCGGUUGGAAGGUAGUCAUUGUUGACGACUUACUAGCAACAGGAGGCACAAUGAAGGCGGCGGUCGAAGUUGUUGAGAAAGCUGGUGCCACCGUUGCAGAAGCAUUUGUUCUUAUAGAACUUGUACCCCUCCAAGGAAGAGAACGAAUAUCCAACGUUCCUGUAACUGCAUUGUUAAGUUAUCAGGAAGCAUAA